UUCCGUCAGUGUCGUUCAGAAACGAAAUAUGUAUUUUACAUGGAAAAGUCCACUUUUACGUAAUAAAAAACGAUAGUUGUCAAAAUUGGACGGAUAAUCGGCUGCAAGAAUAAAAAAAUAUGAUUUCUUAUCUAAAAUAAAAACAAACUUCUCAUAGUCCCCAGGAAUUUCUAAAUUAUGCUUAGCCAAAAUAAAACAAGAUUAGUCAAAAACGUCGUAAGAACGUUGCACACCUCGUCCGUGGCUUAUGCUAACCAUUAUGAGGUCCUAGGAGUCACACCAAGGUCUACACAGAAUGAUAUUAAGUCAGCAUAUUACAAAUUGUCAAAAUUAUAUCACCCAGACAGAUCAAGCGAUGAUGCAUCGGCUAAGAAGUUCCGAGCAAUCUCAGAGGCAUAUGAAGUAUUAGGAAAUGUAAAAUUAAAGAAAAUGUAUGACAAGGGUCUAUUGACACGAGAGAGUCCCCACAGUCACACAGACUACCGCCCCGAGCCCGAACCAACAGACCCUACCCUCAAGUUCUACAAGUCCCGAGCUUCGAGGCAUAUCACUCCUACCAUGGAUGGAAAAGUACCCAUUUACGACUUUGAUGCUUGGUCAAAAAACCAUUAUGCAGAUGUUUUCAAAAAAACACAAUAUGAUAAAGACAUUUUGAGGAAGAAACGGGAGAAGCAAAUGGAUGCAGUGCAUUCUGACCGUCAAGAGGCGACUAUUUAUAUUCUGUUUGCUCUCACAGGGCUCUUCUUCGCACUCGUGUUCCGCGGAAAGUCAGAAUAUGACGUGGACAAGACGCGCAAAAUAGAAACUAUACAAAGUGCCACUGCGGACAAAACUGAGUCUUCAUAGUAAUGUUAUUUUAUAUGGAUACGGGUAUAAAGUAAUAUGGAAUAAAUCAUUUUUCACUUCUAGUACUCUUGUAGGUUGUGUAGAAAAGUGUAGGUAGCAUAAAACAAGACCCUAGGCAGUAGCGCCUACUGCCACAAUCAGUGACAACCGCCUGCACCACUGCUCGCCUCUCAACACAAGCUCUUCAUGUACUAACAUGUAACACUUCUAUUUUUUACCCUCGCAAUCAAGUGUAAUUUAUUUCAUAUUACUGUAUUGUUGUCAAACAAUUAUUAGUCCAAAUUUUAGCAAUAAUUAUGUCAUAGUUUUUGAUUGUUAAUUUUUAUUUCAAUUUAAAUGAUAAAAGGGCUUUGUAUAUAUUGUACAUAUCUACAGUAACUUUAAAUAACAUGUGAUACGUCAUACCACGAUGCGUGUAAAGGUUGGCCCGUUGCCUAAAUCAUGUGAGGAGAUAGUUGUAAAUUACUAGAAAAUAAAAUAUUUAUUUACAGUU